UGUAACGGCGGUGUGAAAAUGGUCAUCGUCAGAUUCGGUGAACUAUCGGUGCCUUUUUUAUUGAAUAGGGUAUUAUAUUAACAAAGCAACAGAGUAAACAAUGCGAGUGGCGGCGGUGCUGGCUGAAAACGGAGCUAAGGGGCUGUAGUUCAGCCUGUGCCCCGGCCGUUCGAGAGGCUCCGUGUCGGGGCUGAAGCAGAUGGGAUCCUCGGUGUAUUCGGGUAAAAGGCGGAAGACUGCGUAUCAACACACCGAACCAGAGAUGCUAGAAUGCUACAUCCGCUAGCCAGCUAACUGUUUGUUCCAAGAUGCGGGUAAACGGAGGCCGUUUCACCAGGAAUUAAGGAUAUCAGGGGAAACAUUUCGACUGAUGACAUCCUACUUUAUGGAGCCACAACAGGACAAGAACUGAGACAGCUUUAAUACCUGGCCAGACACAUUGCUCUCCGACCCUCGGGAUGGCGAGCCGGAGGAAAUCCACCACCCCCUGCAUGGUCCCACCUCGAGAAGCUGUCGACUCGGACCAGGAGAUGGAGGACGUCACAGAUGCAGCCGAGCCAGAGGACAGUAACGGUGUGGUGACUGUCUCCUCUGAGUUUUCCAGUUUGUUGGAGGAGCGUAGUGAGGAUGCAGACUUCAGGCCGGUGCCAGACUGUUACAUGGACCUUAAUACUGCAGAGGGAGGCUACGAGUGCAAAUACUGCAGCUUUCAGACGUCAGAGCUCAACCUGUUCACCAUGCACGUGGACACAGAGCAUCCCGAUGUCGUCAUCAACACCUCGUACGUCUGCAUGGAGUGUGACUACCACACCAAGAGUUAUGACACGCUGUUGGCCCACAAUGCUCGCCUUCACCCAGGCGAGGACAACUUCACACGGACGAUGGUGAAGCGAAACAACGAGACCAUCUUCCAGCAGACUGUCAACGACCUUACCUUCGAUGGCAGCUUUGUCAAAGUGGAGGACGAGGAGGCGGAAGAGACAUCCCGCAAAAGCAUUGCCCUCAGCAAGACGCCCAUCAUGAGGAUCAAGAGCCGACUGGAACCCAAGAAGUUCACCGCCUCACACAAAAUGGUGUCCGUUGACGAUGUCAUCAAAGUAGAGAGUGAUGACGAGGAUGACGAGAAUAAGGAGCCACCCACGCUAUCUCCUGCCCCGAUGACCCCCGCUGCUGUUGCCCCUCGCCUCAUACCAGUCUCCACGGCGGUGCAGGUCCAGGCUGUCCCACAGAGCAUCGUGGUCAACAGCCCCAAUGUGCUACAGAUUAAAGGCGGCUCGGGCGGCGGUGCUGUGCUGCCUCCAGGGACGCUGGCUCAGGUUCUGUCGGCACUGCAGAACCAACAGAACUGCACUCCGACGCAGACGCAGCUCCUCAUCCCCAUCAGCAGCAUCCCCACCUACAACACAGCCAUGGACAGCAACGUCCUGCUAGUCAGCGCCUACAACAGGUUUCCAUAUCCCUCUGUGUCGGAGAUCAUGGGCUUGUCUUCGCAGACGAAGUUCAGCGAGGAGCAGAUCAAGGUCUGGUUUUCUGCUCAGAGGCUCAAACACGGUGUCAGCUGGACGCCGGAGGAGGUGGAGGAGGCGAGGAGGAAGAAGUUUAAUGGCACGGUGCAGACCGUCCCUCAGACCAUCACCGUCAUCCCCGCCAACAUAGCCGCAGCCACCAACGGCCUGCAGUCCAUCUUCCAGACCUGCCAGAUUGUCGGCCAGCCAGGCCUUGUCCUCACUCAGGUGGCUGGUAAUGGCAGCACAGUGCCGGUCGCCUCUCCCAUUACCCUGACAGUCGCAGGUGUCCCCGGCAACCAGCCCAAAGCAGCCGAACCAUCGACGUCAGAAUCAAAGACUGAGAUGUCGGCCUCGUCAGCCAGUGCAUCGCUCAACUUGGACAUAGCAGCAGCCAAACCGAAGAAGUCCAAGGAGCAGCUGGCAGAGCUGAAGGCAAGCUACGGCAGGAGGCAGUUCGCCACCGAGGCAGAGAUAUCACGACUCAUGCAGGUCACCAAACUCUCCAAACGAGCAAUAAAAAAAUGGUUCAGCGACACGCGCUACAACCAGAGGAACUCCAAGGAUCACCACGGUGUCCUGCUGAAUGAAACCCCGUCCAGCAGAGUGACAGUGUCAGGAGGAGGCAGAGGAGGAAGGAACAGCAGCGGCAGCCUUAACGACAGUGACAAUGCCACUACCAUCGUCAUUGACUCCAGUGAUGACGCCAGUGAUUGCUCUCCGACUUCUGCCACCUCCCCGUCAGGGACCACCAGCGACCCGCGGGUCAAAUUCCGCCACGCCUUCCCAGACUUCACGCCACAGAAGUUCAAGGAAAAGACUCCGGAGCAGCUGUUCAUCCUGGAGGCCAGCUUCCAGAAAUCAGACACGCCCUCUGACGAGGAGCUUAGCCGGCUGCGUGCGGAGACAAAGCUGACACGACGUGAGGUGGACGCUUGGUUCACAGAGAGGCGGAAAAUGCCUUCAGCAAAGGAGGAGGAGGAGGAGGAAGAGGGAGGGGAAAUGGUAAAACCAGCCUGGGUGCCUUCGUCCUCAGCUCAGGAGCGGCAGACCGCGCCGCUCAGCAGCAGGAAGACGAUGAAGAAGACGCCGCAGCAGCUCCACAUCCUGAAGAAGGCCUUCGUCCGCACACAGUGGCCAACGGCUGAAGAGUACGACGAGAUGGCAGAUGAGAGUGGUCUGCCAAGGACAUACAUCGUCAACUGGUUCGGAGACACGCGCUACGCCUGCAAAAACAGCAAUCUGAAGUGGUACUACCUCUACCAGAGCGGAAAGGUGGACGAGGCGCUGAACGGCGGAGCUAAGAAGAAGUCCAGGAAGCGUUUUCGUGGUUGGUCCAGGAGGACACGCCGGCCAUGUCCAAAGCGCUCCCCACAAGGUAGCGCCACCACCAUCAAGGUCAAGUCCGGUAAGUCUUUCCUGAAGGACUACUACCUCAAACAUGGAGCCCUGAGUGAGAAAGACCUGGACGACUUGGUGACAAAGUCCAGCAUGAGCUACGAGCAGGUGAGGGACUGGUUCUCUGAGACUGCCAGGAGGGUGGAGGAGGGCAAAGAGCCCUUCAGCGAUGAGGAGGCCGAGGGAGAGGAAGAGGACGAGGAGGAGGAGGAGGAAGAAGAAGAGGAGGAGGAGGAGGUGGCAGCAGCAGAACAUGCUGACAGCGAAGAAGGAGAGAUGGAGGUGAAAGAACAAGGAGACGAGGCCACUGACGAUGACUGCAAUGAGGGAGAAGAGGAGAAGGAGGAGAAGGAGGAGGUGGAGGAAGAGGAAACGAUCCAGGAGGAAUCUGAAGGCGUCAGCCAAUCACAGCCCCAGGCAGAGGAGCAGACAUGAGCAGACAGCAUCAACGUUGCUUCCCCCCACCAUGGAGAUGACAUGGAGGACAACACGUGUCAGUGUUUCUCAGUUGGUGGGUCGGGACCCAAAGAUGGCUGCAGGAAGCUCAGAGUCACAGCUCAGAUGGAUGACAUGUUAACUAAAACGAUGGGAUUGUGCCUUGCCUUUGGGUCCUGAUACAGCUGAGAAGCACUGAGACGAUGGAGCUGAAGUAACGGACAAAGCAUCAGGAUGUAGUUUGUUUCUGCUAAUGAACUGUGGGGACCAAUCGAACGUGCAUGACGACUCACCAAACGUCACCACGAGAGUAAGUUCCAGUUCUGCUCCUGUACAAAUAAUAAGACUUUUAUUUCGGUGAGAAUGACAGGGCUUUUAUUUUGGCCUUUUAUGUCAUUUUUCUUACAAAAAAAAAAAAAAAAAAAUGUUUUUAAAGUAAGAGGUGAGACCUCGCAUGGUUUUCUCAUUAAUAUAAGGUAACUUUUUUUUUUUUUUUUUCCAAAAUAAUGGACCAUUUUCUCAAGGGAAUGUCCUCUCCCCACACAGUGAAACCAUUUUGCUGUUCUGAAAUUAAAAAAAGGUUUUUAAAACCAUACUUUUUUUCUGUGAAUAGACAACUCAGAUUAGUGCCAUGUUUUUUUGUAAAUCAAAAGAAAUCAGUGCUGGAAUGAAUUCCAUGUCUGUGUUUUAAUUUUUUUUAUUUUUUAAAUCUGAAUGACAUCUAAAUAUAAUGGGGACUGAAUCCAUUAUACUGUUAUGAGUUCUUUUGAAUAUGGUGAUAAUUUCCAUGUUAGCAGGUGUUUGGGUCCAUUCAGUUUCAAUGUCAUCAAUUCAGUUUGUGAAUUUACCUCCAAACAUACAAUUCACUGAAGGAUGGAGGAAAAACCAGACACUAACUCUUUAAAGGGAAAAUCCACCCUGAAACUCCUCAUUUAAGAAUUGUUGCAUUUUAUAAUGUCUAAUCAGAGUUAUUAUACUCGACAUAGUGGACUGAAUUAUCCCACAAUGCAACUAUAAACGUCGUGUCAGUAACUUAAGACUUAUUUACCUUCAUGAAUACACAAGAAAUGCUGAAAACUUCAACUGGAGCUCGACUGAAAUUUGCUUUUUGAGGCUAGCAUUAAUAUUUAAAAUUCCAGUGACAAUAUACUGGCUUAUAUAAACUCUUAACAUACAUUUAUAUAAUAAAAAAUCCUUAGAUUAAGUUAUUAGUAAUUUAUAACACCUGCAGGACACUAGUGUUAUGUAGAAAUUCCGAGACAGCUAGUAUUAUGAAAUUUAAACAUAAAAUAUCUAUAUUGCCAGACCAGAUGUGACUUUUGUCCUUUCUCACAAAAAGAAAACCCAGUUGUUAAUGUGAUGCAAGGCAAAGCACAGUAAUUUUCUUUUUUAUUAUUAAUCUGCCAAUUGUUUUCAUUUGGCCCAAUGAAUGUCAGAAAAAUGCUGAUCACAGUAUCCCGGAGAGCCCGAGGUGACACAUUCAAAUCACUCAGCAGUCCAAAACCUAGAGAUUCAACCUAUAGUAAUAAACAAUAGAAAAAAAAUCAUUAACAGCAGAUGUUUCCCUGAAAAGUGUCUCAAAAGAUCAAUCAAUCAGUCAAUCAAAACUAUUGCUGAUUGAUUUUCUGCCGGUUGAUUUUAAUUGACUAACUAUUUUAGCCUUAAAGACAUGUUUGUUGUUAAAGCGCCUCAAACUGCAACGUGCAGUUCAAUCACUGCAAACUAAACAUUAUACCCUUCAUGAGGGAUUUAUGUCAGCACUGAAUGCUGUAUGGACUGCAUUGCUUUUUGCUACUAAAGUUAUUUAUCAAACACAAAUAGAUUAAAAAACAAAAACAUUCUUGUGUUCCAGCUUCUUGAAAAUGAACAUUUGCUGCUUUCUGUUUCUUUUUUUGUUUUGAUCACAGUAAAGUAAAUAUUUCUCUUCUUUUUUUCCCCCUACUGUUGGUCCAUGUUAUGUAAAGAUGUCACUCUGGCUCUGGGAAGUCCUGAUUUUUUACUAUUUUCUGAUAAAUAAUCAAUCAAGGCAAUGAGGGAGUAGAUUAUUCAAUAUUUUAUAAUAUAUAUUGACAAAAUAAUUAGUUGAGGCAGUAAAGGGCAGAUUAAUCAAUAUUUUAAAAAAUAUCUAAUGUCUUGUUUUGUCUGACCAACAACCCCAAAAAAAAAAAUCAGUUUAUAAUGAUAUAAAACAAAGUACUUGAGAAUGUUUUAUUAGACUACGUUAGUUUUAGCAGGGUGUACCUAGUUAACUGGACACAGAGAGUAGUCCAGGAGUGUCAAACUCAUUUUGGUUCAUGGGCCACACACAGCUCAAUUUGAUCUCAAGUGGGCUGGAUUACUGAAACCACUGCAUAAGAACCUAUAAAUGUCAACCCCUUGAUUUUUUUGUCAUUCUAAAAGGGUCAUCCAUUUACCAAACAAAAAAGAAAGAAAGUUUUUCCACAUUCAGUCAGUCUACUACUCACAUGCAUUACAUUUUUACACAAUUGUCCACUGCAGUGGAAGCUAUUGAAGAAGCAGGUUAAGUCAUCCUCUGCCUUAAAGUCUGAAGUUUAGUUAAUGCCUCAGCAGCAGGGUUCCACCAAUAUUGCUUUAAGGUAGAAGUCUGAUACAGGUUCUUUUGUACUGAAGCUGCUGGUUGACGAUGUUUUGCACAAUGUUUAAUAUCUUUAAAUAUGAACGCAGUAAGCAUUCAUAAUUAUUUCAGAGAGCUGUAUUCCGGUCAGGGUGAAAAGGCCUCUAAGGCAGUAUUUACAUGAAGUAUCUACUCACUGUUUAAGUUGCUCCUGAAACCUCUCAGCCUUCACAUUUGCAUCAACAUUAGGUCUGCAAGGUCAUCUAGAGGGCCGGAUUGGACCCUUUGGCGGGCUGGUUCUGGCCCCUGGGCCAUAUGUUUGACACUCCUGGAGUAGUCCUUGACAUAUAAAUACCAGUGUAAAUGCUUACUGAUGUAAUCAGGCAGUUGUCAGUUCAGAUAUAUAAGCACAUGUUAGCAUCAGAUUACUUUUUUUUUUUAAUUUAAGUUUUUUAUUUCGUUUUUUUCUACUUGAAGAACAUCAACACAAAAAAAACCCAAAUACAUACAUGUACAUUCAAAAACAACAAAUACAUAGCCACUCUUCCAUUGUUUUGAUUGUCUCUCUCCAGAAAGGUAGAACUAGGGGCCAGGCCCAUAUUGCAUGGAUAAAGGUGCCUUCCUGCCUUUACAUUUCCAACAAAGAUUAUUUUCUGAAGAAAUUAUUAUUAUUUUCUACCCAUUUUGAUGACUAAUAUUGUUGAAGUACCAUAUAAUGUGUACAUUUUCCCUCAGCUUCUCUUGUAAAAAAAAAAAAAAAAAAAAAAAAAAAAAAAGGCAGUUAGAUAAAUGAUGUGUUUUGAAGGUGGAUUUUUCCUUUGAGCUCUGCGUUAAAGCUUUGAUAAGAUUUUUUUUUACAGAUGUUGGAGGUUGUUACAAACCGAACUUCAUUCAUUUUUUAGACACUUUCCCAGAUCACUUCUUAUUUGGGUCUUGUUUUAAACAAGCAGAUUUAUUGAUCGACUUGAAAGGGAGAUGGACCCAAAAACUGUUUGUGUCCUUGUCCAAAAAAAAAAAAAAAAAAAAAAAA